AUGGCAGAAGGAGUGUGCAAAACCGAGGAGGAUGAAGGACCGAGUCCCGAGGAGAAUUCAGAGUCUUUCCACGGGGUCGGUGUGUGUAAAUGGUUCAACGUCCGCAUGGGUUUCGGGUUCCUGUCCAUGACCAGCCGGGAGGGAGAGCCGCUGGACGAGCCGGUGGAUGUGUUCGUCCAUCAGAGUAAGUUGCACAUGGAAGGCUUCCGCAGCCUGAAGGAGGGCGAGGCGGUCGAGUUUACCUUCAAAAAGUCAUCCAAAGGUCUGGAGUCACAGAGAGUGACCGGACCAGGUGGCAUCCACUGCGUGGGCAGUGAGCGGAGACCCAAAGGCAAGAAAGUCCAAAAGCGGCGUUCAAAGGGGGACAGAUGCUACAACUGUGGAGGCUUAGACCACCAUGCCAAAGAGUGUAAGUUACCUCCCCAGCCAAAGAAGUGCCACUUCUGCCAAAGCAUUGACCACAUGGUUGCCAGCUGCCCAAUCAAAGCACAACAGUCUUCACCGGGUUCUCAGGGAAAACUGUUCUCCUCCAAAGGAGACGAGGAGGAGCACAGCCAGCAGGCACCACCUACCGAGACCUCUGAUUAAACACAGUAUCCGACUCUGGGGAAGCACAGAGGCCAAUCAAACUGCUUUGAUGGAGUGGAGGGAGACUCAAUCCCCUUCCACCUGUUGAAGCUGCUUUUGGAACUACCUCAGGUUAAAAAUACUCAUGAAGAAUGUUGCUGAAGUCUUUUUUUUAAUUUGGUUUUUAUUUGGUGUAACACUCAGGAAUACUGCUGUACUAUUGCACUCAGGACGCUUGCUUAAUGUAUGAAUCACUGGUAUUGGGGAUUGGAGAUUGUAGUGAGCAAUGCUAUGUAAUGGAUGAUCUUCAGGAGUUUACGUAGAUUUCUGUUAUAUAAUAAUGUGCCUCUGCUGUGGGCAUUAUACCUCUUCUUCUUUGAGUAAUACUCAGUGUGUUUAGUAUAGCUACACUUUUGCUGCCUUACCAUUUUGUUUCCUUCCUGACUGUUACACCUCACUAUCCGACAGGGCGUAGAUGUAACAGUUAGUACAUCUGUAAUGAAUGU